CCUACUCUGAUUGGCCAAGUAGGCGCAGUCCUUUCUCAGCGGUCUUCCGGCUUACAUGUUGAGGGUGAAAAAAAAGAAAAAAACGAAUGGAAAAAUUGUAAUCCACAAAACGAGUAUUUCCCAGUAACUCAUCGAUACGGUCAUAAAUAGUUAAAAUGAGCUCUCAGCAAUUCCCACGACACGGGCUGCCUGCUUCCAGCGGGGGAGCACCUCAGAUCUCAGGUGCUGCAAACCUGGUGCCUGUCAAUCAACCGUCAAACGCUUCAGGUGGUAGUGGUGAUGCAGACAGCAGUCGGGACGGUGACCACGGUCAGCAGGAUCAUCCGCCCGCCGGGGGUGGGGGAACCUUGACGUUUAGAGAUGACAAACAGGAGACCAUGGUGGUCAGACCGUACCCGCAAGUACAGACGCAGCACGGCCAACCUCCAGCUGCCACCCAAACCAUGCCCAUUCAGUCUGGCACGCCUGCCCCCUCUGUCCACCUCCCACAGGGCCAGACUACAGUGCUCACGGAGCCCCAGAUGAAGGCAGUCUUGAAGUCACCGAUGCCAAGUCGUCUUAUUGCUCCAGCACCAGCUUCCAACCAGGCGCAUAUGCCCAUACCCCCCAAGGUGCCUAGUCACAUAACAGUCACCAUAGAGAGCAGCAUCGCUACCACCCCGUCUAUCCCUGUGGCAACCAUCAGUGGCCAGCAGGGUCACCACCUGAUGCCGGUGCCAAACAUUCAGAUCAUCAGGACCCCUGCAGUUCCUCCCCAGCCCUUCCCAUCACAUUUACCUCGAGGGGCUGCUGCAGCAGCUGUCAUGUCCAGCUCCAAAACUGUCUUACGGCCAGCCACUGGAGCGAGUGCGGGCACCGCCCAGCCUACUGUGCCGCACAUCAUUCACCAGGUGAUUCAGUCCCGACCUCCUGUAACAACCUCUACAGCUGUCCUACCUACUGUGGUGGCUCCCAUCUCAGUCACAAGAACUCAGUCUCCAGUUAUUAGUCAGGCAGUCUCGCACUCUCCAGAGGUGAUACAUGGGCGUCCAGGAAUGACCAUUCACCCCCCUCCAGCCACCGUCAGCAUCCAGAGGCCUCAGACGACCCGUGACGCGGCCACACGGAUCACUUUGCCGUCACACCCUGCAGUCGGCGCUCAGAAGGCCCAGCCGCCACACACUAUGACACAGAAAUCCAUAUUCAGUACUGUGACACCAGUAGCUGCAGCAACUGUGGCACCAAUUGUUGCCACAAACACUGUGCCAUCAACAACCACAAUAGGCGCCGUGACACACACACCAAUGACCAGUAACACGAUUGUCACCAUGACGAUGGCCUCACACUCCUCUCAUGCUACAGCAGUGACCACCUCCACCAUCCCUGUUGCUAAAGUGGUCCCUCAGCCCAUUGCCCACUCUUCAUCCCGCGUUCAGCCUGACUACUCAGGAGAGAGAGCCAACCUCAUCCCCAUCCCAGGCCACAGGUCUUCUCCUAACCCCGUCACCAUGGAAGCCCGAAGUGACAACAGGCCUUCUGUGCCAGUGCAGUUCCAGUAUUUCCUUCCUACAUACUCCUCAUCAUACCCUCUGACACACACCUACACCCCCAUCAGCAGCUCUGUGUCCACCAUCCGCCAGUACCCUGUUACUCCUCAAGCACCCAGUUCAGCGCUGCCAGCUCAAGCAGGAGUGGGUGUGGCGACCACUGUGCACCUGAACCACAUGCAGCUGAUGGCAGUGGACCGCAUCGGUCUGCCGUCUGCACAGAUCAGCACCCAGGGGAUCCAGCAAGCGCCGAUCGCAGCGCAGGGCAUUCAGCCCGCACCGAUAGGCGUUCAGGGCCUGCACACGUCUGCGUCGAUCACCACACAGGGAAUACAGCAGGCGCCGAUCGUCACUCAGCAGCAGCAGCAGCAACCGCAGCCUGAAGCGAAGCCUGGGGUUGUUUUGGCUGAUGGCUUUGUAGCGAGCCCCAUCAGCAGCACCUUCAGCACCACCCAGCCGGGAGCCACCAUGGUGCAGGCCCACACCCAGGGGGGAGGAGUGGGAGGAGCUCCCACGCUGGUCUCCUCCCCAAGACCCAGCAUCCUUCGCAAGAAGCCCGCCAAUGAAACGUGUGUUCGUAAGAACCUGAUCCCCGCCCAAACUAGUGAAGCCAGUACUGGCAGAAUCGACAGCGGCGUGAGAGGAGCGGGAUCGCCCCGGCCUGCUGGAGUGAAACCCAAAGCUGAGGUGCACAUGGCGGUGGCCCCCCCUGUCAUGGCUACUGUAGAAGCAUUGCCUUCUCAGGGCGGAGAGCAGCAGGUGGCGUCCUCAAACACCCAGCACCUCGCUCAAGCCAUCCCCACCAUUCUCGCUACACCCGGCCCCGUGCCUCCCUCCCAGCCUUCCACCGUCCUCUCCUCGCUGCCGGCCGCCAUGGCUGUGACUCCCCCUGUCCCCGCCUCAAUGGCCAACACUGUGGCCUCCCCCACCCAGCCUGCCGCCAGCAGCACCGCGGCAUGUGCCGCGAGCUCCGUCUGCCCAGAUGUGAAAAUCAAGCAGGAAGUGGAGGCGAUGGACUCCUCCCAGCCAGAUCCCAACGCCAAUAUGUCCUCAGCCCCAGCCCUCACCACGCAGGCCUCCACCCUGAGCGCUCCAGCCACAGGAGAUCUGAUCCCCGGAGCCUCCCCCAGGAAGAAGCCCCGCAAGCAGCAGCACGUCAUUUCCACCGAGGAGAGCGAGAUGGUCGAGACCAACAGCACAGAUGAGGAGAAGACCCCGGGCAGGCCCAUCACCGGCAGGGCCGAGAGGCGGGAAUCUCCACCGAGGGAGUAUGUCGAUGAAGAAGGAGUGCGUUACGUGCCAGUAAGGCCCCGCCCACCUAUUACCCUUUUGAGGCACUACCGUAACCCCUGGAAAGCUGCUUACCACCACUUCCAGAGAUACAGCGACAUCCGGGUCAAAGAGGAGAAAAAGGGCACCUUGCAGGAUAUGGCCAAUCAGAGGGGAGUGGCAUGCAGAGCACAGGGCUGGAAGAUUCACCUGUGUGCUGCACAGCUCAGGCAGCUGUCGAGUUUGGAGCACGAUGUGUACAGCCGCCUCUCCACCCUUCAGGAGGGUCUGAUUCCAAAGAAGAGGGCCGGCGCUGAUGAUGACCUUCACCGAAUUAACGAGCUAAUACAGGGUAACAUGCAGCGCUGUAAGCUGGUGAUGGACCAGGUGACGGAGGCCAGAGACACCAUGAUGAAAGUGCUCGACCACAAGGAGAAAGUGCUGAAGCUGCUCAACAAGAACGGCACCGUCAAGAAGUCCUCCAAACUGAAGCGCAAAGAACGGGCGUGAGAGGGGCCCGCUCGUCUGUCAGUGAACCACCGCCGUCGCCCUGCCUCUCUCUCGGUGAAGGGGUGAAGGAGCUGCUCAGAGUUUCGGUGCUAUGAUUUGCUGCAUACAAUCACACGCACCCUCCCUAUCUGCAACACAGAGGAGCAACUGGAGGGCUUCGAGGAACUGGUUCUCCUUCAAAACAGGAACACUGCAGGUUGCAUUAGAGUGGCCACCCGAUGGCCACUGUACCCCCCCUUUCCUUCCUUCCUUCCUUCCUUCUAAUGUACGAAGACCCCCCCCCCCCAAGAUCAUUUUUACUAACUUAGUUUCUGCCUCUUUUAAAACAUUUGGCACAUUGUGUAUCAGUGAUAUUUGGCUCUAAAAGCAGGUGCAGAAGUUUUAGUAAAUACCUGAGAGGUAUCCACCGGAGCCAAUCAGAAUCAUCUAAAAGGACUCCUUUAGCAAACUGUGUAAACGGACUAAUGUCAGUCGUGCUCUUUUCAUCAGUCUGUGCCUUCAUUUUGUCAGUGUAGGUGAGACGGCCGGCCGAGCGGCUCCACGCUGUUUAAAUGCUGUCAAACUGUCAUUCACAGAAAAGUUUCAGGUCACUUCUCCUGCUUCUUUUUUUUAAUCCAGCUGCUGCAGUUUUUCAGUUCAUAUGUUUAAAAAAGACCUUUUAUCAGCCACAGUUUAGGUGUAAUCUAAAAAGUGAGAAAUAUUUCAAACUGCCAUCAGAUCUCCUCUUAACCCAGACUACAGAGAGCGAGCGGUGUGAACAGCGGACUGUAUCCAUGUAAAUCACUGUAAAUGCGCUUCUGUUUUCCAUCGACCUCCUUCUUUUCCAGUUUUGUACUCGCUGAAACAUUUUGUGUGCUGUGUGACGCGCCGCUUCGUGCUGCAGAGUGUAACGAGUCCGAGCUGAAGUGAGCCUGAAACACCCAGACGUUGUACAUUGUUUU